AACCGUGCAGUGAGGCUGAGAAGCAGGUUGUCAGGUUGCUCUAAAAUGAGAAAUUUUGUGAUUUUGUAUUUUAUUUCCAUAAGUGUGAGGAACUCGUUUAGCGAUGAGUGCGGGGGAGAGAUGGGGGUCAAAUCAGGCGAGUGGGGGAGCGUGACGUCACCAGGCUAUCCCCAUCACUACUCUCCUAAUAUCACCUGCACGUGGAUUCUGCGCGCUCCUGUUGGCGAACACAUCGAACUCCAUUUCGUUGACUUUGACAUAACGGGUUCAGACGAGUGCUCUAUGGACCACAUCAGUAUCUCCUCUAAUCCUCUCGGCAUCGGAGAAAACUUUGCUGAUGUAGAAAACGUAUUUCAAGGGGAACCCCGUUAUUGCGGCUCCCGGGCACCGCCGUUUAUACGGUCAAACAGUAAUGUGUUGGCGCUGAAGUUCGUGUCGAAUGCUGACGGAACUUGCCGAGGCUUUAACGCAAGUUUCACGUCGAGCCAAGAGCUCGUGAGUUGCGGGGACAAAACUUUGGCCAGGGAAUUUGUGUUCAGUUCGCCCGGCUACCCUGCCUCUCUGGCCGAAUCAUCUCUGGCCUGCUCGCUUACUGUGGAGCACGGCUGCGACGAGCCCGUCUGUCAGAUCAGGCUUGAUUUCGACGACUUCGAAAUUCAGCCUCCGUUUUGGGGAGACUGCAAGCACGAUCGGUUCUACACAUCGAGUGUUUAUCCUGUGCCAACCCUGUGUGGAAACAAUACGGGGUCUCACAUUUAUCUGAACGUGGAGGGUGUACGUGAGACGACAUUGACGUUCAUGCUACGGGAGCUCGAACAUCACUUCUACAAAUGUCACGAUCUGAACGAACUCUCCACGGUGGACCAACACGCGCAUGUGAACGGCUCCAGCUACACGCUACCUCCGCAGAGAUAUAACCGUCGUUUGAAGAGAGAAAAAAUAUCUCGGGAUCAAGGACAGACUAAUAACAGUGAGCGCCAGGAUAGCGUCACCACAACGGCUCCACCACACCCACGCGACGUAACAGUUGCUCUCUACAGCUACCAAGAAAAUGACCCGGUGCAGUUCAGCGAGCGUCGCGCGUGGCGCAUGAGAGUGACGCAACUGCCGUGCAAGUGCGCGGACAACCGCGUGCCUAGAGCUCCCGACGGUUGCCUUCAAUAUUUUCAAGGCGUAAGCGGAAGUGUGAAAAGCUUUAAUUUCGAUGGCCGAGGUUGCUUUACUGAAGACCGCUGGUGUGACUUCAGUAAAAUGAAAGACCAAUCGGAUUGUGACAUUCGCGUGGGCUACACAGGUCACCUCAACAACCUGGACUACGCUACAUGCAUCGCCCCCGAGCCUGGCUUCUGCGGUGUGCAGUACAGGCAGGAAGGAGAGAACGGAUUCUCCAUGACGACUGUGGGAGAUAUAGCAGUGGCCGAGAACUCUUCCCAGCCUUUGGUGGGUGACGAAGACUGCCGCUCGGACUACGUGUGGGUGGGCGGGGUGGGGGCCAGGGAGGGGGGCCAGGUCACCCACGAGCGCUACUGUGGCACCCAACUCGGAGACCGGCCCACGCCAGGGCUGCUCGUGAGUACCGGAAAGCCGUUCAUGUUCCGCACUGUCACGGACGCGGAUGAGUUCAGCGCCACGGACGACUACAUGAACCGCGGAUACCACAUCGCCUACACGCAGACUCCGUGUACUUGAGUUAUGAACUUAGGGCGAAGUUACGUGCUCUUCGUGCGUGUUAUGUGCGUGAAGAGAUCGUAAGUUCAUGCGUACGAAGUGCAUGGAACUUUACGAACCCAUGUCGCCUCAUGCAACUGCUUGGACGUGAACAAUAAAUUCUCGAUGAUAUAACUUAUACCAAGCACCGUGUGCUCGAUGAUAUAGUUUAUACCAACACCGAGUGCUCGAUGA